GACCGGAUUUUUUUCCGGUCCGGUCCGGAAAUCCAGAAUCCGGGCGGUUAUCUGCCCGGGUGUAGGUUAAAAAAAUUCCGGAUCCGGAUUUAUAACCCGGUUAUCCGUAACCGGGUUAUACAUCCGUUUUUUUUUAAACCCGAAAACGGCACCGUUGCUGGAUUGAAUACUUCCUCCGAUGUCUCUCGGAUCCUCUCCACUUUUCAUCCCCUCUCUCAACUCUGUCUCGUCUCUCGUCUCUCGCCGCUCGUCUCUCAAGUCUCUCAAAUCCUCCUCCUCAAGUCCCUAGCCGUGCCAUUGCGAUUGUGAAAUAGCGUGGGAUGACACUCAAAAGUCCCACAGAUUGAGGCAUAGAAUACAUAAAUCGUCUGGGUCAUCUCAUAGGACUAUGAGCAGAUCUUUCUCCUGUGACUUGCAGUCUAAGGGGUCUGUUUCUACUCCUCAUGGGUCCGUGGUGGAUGCCAUACCCAACCCAUCAAAAGAGCAAUUAGUAGAUGUUGUUCAGAGGCAUUUCAUGUCACAGCAAAUCGACGAGUUGCAAGUCAUUGUGGGAUUUGUUCAGGCUGCAAAGAGAAUGAAGACUCUGUGCAAAUGACGAUUCACGAAGAGAGAAAUGAAGAGCUAUGAAUUUGGUUGUUUAUGCUAACAGAUACUGCACUUAAAAAAUAUCCACUCCUCUCUAGUGAUUGUCUGUAAUAUAUUUUAUCCAGUGGCUUGUCUCUGUCUUGUUUUAGUAGGUUAGUAUUACUUUGUACCGAGUUAUAGACGUUCUUACUUUAUUUUUUUUUCUUUGAUUAAUUUUUUUAGAAAAUUCUUUUAAAGUGUUUUGAUUAUUUUUUUAAAAAAAUCUGGGCAAUUUAAAUAUGAGAUCAGAUUUUUUUUUAUUUUUUAAAAAAAGUGAUAAGUGAUAUAAUUUCUUUUUAAAGUUAUAAAGAUUUUUUUAGAUUUUUUUUUUUCCCAAAACCCGGAUUGAACCUGGGUAUAACCCGGAUAUCCGGGAUUAAAAGCCAAAAAAAAAAAAAAAAUGCUACAAUCCGGAUAUCCGGAUGGAAUCCGGACUCAAUCCGGGUGGAUAAUUGCCCGGAUUUGAAAUCCAGAUCCGGAUUUGGUUAUGGCCGGAUACUCAGAUCCGGAUCCGGAUGAACACCUCUAAAUUACACACACAUAUAUAUAUAUAUAUAUAUAUAUAGCGGGUGGAUCUGAUCUUGGUCAUGAUAAAGCUGCUAGCAGCUGGUACGUGUUUAUCUGUCUGAUCCCAUUAAUUGAUCUUGCCAUUUACUUUCUUCAUCAUGACGGCCACCAUUUUCUGCAUGAAAUUAUCUUGUAAUUAAGACCUGUACGUACGUACAACGAUUAUAUAUAUAGUUGGUAAUAAAAAGAAAAAAUAUAUAUAUUUUUUUUCCCAAUUUGAUCAUCGGCGCAUGCGUGAAUGUGAUCAAAACCUCGAUCGAUCGCCUUUUGAUCAGUUGAGUAGCUGUGAUGAGAAAAAUGGGACGUCAUGUGUAUUUCACUGACCAUGUUUUGAGAUUACUUAUUAAUAUCCUUCUUGUACUCAUUAGAGGAGAGAUGACUGUUGGUAUCUAAAUAAAAGAAAUCUUGAUUAAUACGAGGAUUGUCCCUCGUAUUAUGAGUUCAAAAGCUAAUUAUAUAUGCGUUCCGAUUGUUUUUGAACUAACGAGCCAGUGUGUGCGUUUAACUAACAAAAACUUACUCCUUCAAAAACAACUAGGUAUCAUGCCGACGGCAUACAUGGUGUGCAGAUCAAGCAUCAUGUGAUUGUGUUGAACAGAGUGAUGCUGUGCCUUCAGCUACAAUGUCGACAGAUUUGGAAGAUAACAUGAGCAGCGAACAUAGAGAGCAGGAGGAUUGCCGCAAGUUGCUUCUAGCUGCACUAAAUGGUGACUGGGAAAAUGCUCGGGCCAUCAUUGAAAAGGAUCCAGCCAGAAUGCUUAGUGCAAAUUUGACAAAAGGAGAGGAUAAGGUUAUUCACAUAGCGGUUACUGCAAAGCGCAUUCCUUUUAUAAAACAGUUGGUAGAUUUAAUGAGUGAGAAAGGACUGAUCUUGAAUAUACAAAACUAUCAUGGAGAUACCUGCCUUAGCAUCGCUGCUGUAUCUGGAAAGGUGGAAAUUGCGGAGUUGAUUAUGGCUAAAGAUAAUGCCAAUCAACUGCUAAGUAUCCAUGGCAUAUAUGAGUUGAUACCACUUGGCAUGGCAAUUCGAUGGGGACACGGGGAAAUGGCACAUUAUCUCUGGGACAAGAUGGAGCUAGAGCCCCAUUCUUGUUUAUCAUCUACAACUCCAGAUCUCAUGAAGCUCUUUAUUAUGUCCAUUUCCAACCAUCUGUACGAUGUAGCACUACGUUUAUUGAACAAGGACAUGGAAAUGGCCUGUAAACGGGAUGGGGAUCAGAAAACAGCUUUGCAUGUUUUGGCUCAAAAGGCUCCAGACACUGAUCCGCCAAUUAAGAGCGGGAACUGGCCGUUAUUCAGCUCAUCCAAAAAGCGUAUUAAAUUUGGGUUUGUUGUAUCUUUUAUACCAAAAUUCAAAGGCUUCUGCAAGCAAGCUUCAACGCGUACGUCGUCAGAACUUGAACGUGUUGAGUUGCUUGAAAAUAUAUUGAAUGAACUUCAGAAGAAAUCAAUUGAGGAGAUUUCAGAAAUAUUGAAAAGCACGUCUUCAGAAGUGGUAAAAACUACGACUACAGAAGUGAUAAAGAGCACGACUUCAGAAGUGGUAAAAACUACGACUUCAGAAGUGGUAAAAAUUACGACUUCAGGAGUACUUUUCGAUGCUGCAAUGUCAGGAAACGUCGAGUUUUUGGAUAAGGUUCUCCGCAAGUUUCCAUCACUGAUAUGGGAAAAUGAUGAGAAAGACCGAAGCAUAUUUCAUGUCGCUAUUAAAUAUCGGCAAGAGAAAGUAUUUAACUUAAUAUAUAACAUCGGAGCUGUUAAGGAUUACUUGGUAGGAAAUAAGGAUUCCGAUGGUAAUAACAUGCUGCACUUAGCUGGAAUGUUGCCAGAUGAUCAGGAAAGACUUGGCGUGCAGCGAGCAAACCUUCAGAUGCAGCGGGAACUAUUGUGGUUUAAGGAAGUGGAAAAGAUUGUCAGACCUUAUCAGAGGUCUGAGAAAAAUAAUGAAGGAAUGACACCCAAAGAAGUGUUCGUUGCCACCCAUAAAAAUUUAGUUUAAGGAGGAGAAAGUGCAGUUAGAGAGACAGCAAGUUCUUGUAUGCUUGUAUCAACUAUCAUUGCUAGUGUGACGUUCGCUGCAGUUCUGACGGUACCAGGUGCCAGCAACGAGAUAAAACACACUCCUUUUCUCCGCAAAGAGCAGUGGACUUUGUUUUUUAUCCUAUCGAAUGCAGUCGCACUCUUCACCUCGGCAACAUCAAUUGUCUCGUCACUCUCGGUUCUUACUUCAAGCUAUAAAGAAAAGGAGUUUGAGAAGUCGUUGCAUCUUAGGCUCAUGUUUGGGCUCACCACUCUAUUUUUGUCAAUAACAGCCAUGCUCUUAGCCUUCAUUGCUGCCAUGUUCCUGAUCUUUGACUACAAAAAAUUGGCAUGGCUUCCGUAUCUCAUCGUUUCACUUCCCAGCGGUCCUCUGUUUUUGUUUCUUGGGUUGCAUUUUGGUCUUUGGGCUGAUUUGAUCCGCUCGUAUUUCUGGUCUAGUUUUUUAUUCCGGCCGAGCAAGCACAGAAUUUUCGAGUCAUUAUCAGAAAUUUGACAUGUAUUAUUAAAUAAUUGCAUCAUAAUCUCUGUGUUCAGGUCGUUUCAACCCUUAUAGAAACGUGUGUAAUUAGUUUGAUCUUUUGAUUCC